AUGUGCACCUGCUCCCAAUCCGUCGACUACGACUACCACCGCACCACCCGCACCCUCCCCAUCAUCGAAAAAUCCUACGACCGCCACUCCCACCCACACUACUCCACCGCCGCGCGUACAACACGCUACCACGCCUCCCCCGACGCCUACCGCGGCGCCGCCGCCUACACUAGCACGAGCACCCGUAUCCCGCUCUCUAGCCGUAGGCGCUCCACCACGCCUCCCCCCGUGCUGAUCCAAAGCACGCCCAUGGGGCGUUCUGAGCUGUCCCCGCGCCUCAGCCCCGGCGGCCGCUACAGCCGCAGCAGCCUCGACAGCCCCACGUCCAGCAUCCGCAGCGGUGAAAUGGGCUUCAACCAGCCGAUGGUGUUGCAGGCGGACGGCCUCGGCCCCGUGAUUCAUCAGGGCGGCCCGCCGUCGCACUACCAGGCCGCGCACAAAACCGGCUAUGCGCCGCAUGUUCAUGCGGGCGGCGUGAGGGCGGCGGGGCAGAGACGGUAUACGGUAAACCCCGGAGGCGAGAGGGUCAGGUCGAGCUAUAUUGGGUAUCGGUCGGAUCAGGGGUCCAGUGAUGAUGGGUAUGCCAGUGGCGGAAGGUUGUAUACGAAUGAGGUGCGGAGGAGCUAUGGUGGACGGAGAGAGGGAGAGGGCGUCUAUAGCUCUACUCCUGUGAGGAGGUAUUCAUGA